AUGUCAGCAGCAACAUCCGCAGCUGCACCUGUGGCAAGGGGCGGUCCUUCGCAGAACGCUUUCAAGAACGCCGAUAAGCCUGAUGAGGUCAGGAGAUCGAAUCUGUCGGCCGCCAAGGCAGUCAGCGAUGCCGUCCGCACCUCGCUCGGCCCCAAAGGCAUGGACAAGAUGAUCCAGACCUCGAACGGCGAAGUGGUCAUCACCAACGACGGCGCAACCAUCCUCAAACACAUGGCUGUCAUGCACCCAGCCGCCAGGAUGCUGGUCGAGCUCUCGCAAGCACAGGACGUCGAAGCCGGUGAUGGUACCACCUCGGUUGUCGUUGUCGCUGGAAGCCUGCUGGGUGCGGCCGAGAAGAUGCUCAACAAGGGUAUCCACCCCACCAUCAUUGCCGAGUCGUUCCAGAAGGCUGCGGCCAAGGCGGUCGAGUUCCUGACCGACAUUUCGACGCCCGUCGAGCUCAACGACCGCGAGUCGCUCCUCCGCGCUGCAAGCACCUCGCUCAACUCCAAGAUCGUGUCGCAGUACUCGUCCGUUCUCGCUCCUAUCGCUGUCGAUGCCGUCACUCGCCUCGUGACUCCUUCUUCGUCCAGCGCUGCGUCCAAGUCGGCAUCGUCCAACACUUCUGCCACCGCCUCGACUGCCGCUGAGGGCACGACACCAGCGCGUGCUUCGCGAUCCGCAGAUGCACAGGACAACGUCGACCUUCGCGACAUUCGCAUUGUCAAGAAGGUGGGCGGCACGAUCGACGACACGGAGCUCGUGGAAGGGCUCGUCUUGGCACAGAACGUCAUCUCUGGCAGCGGCGGCCCGACUCGCAUGGAAAAGGCCAAGAUCGCCGUGUGCCAGUUCCAGCUGAGCAGCCCCAAGCCGGACAUGGACAACCAGAUUGUGGUCAACGACUACCGACAGAUGGACAAGAUUCUCAAGGAGGAGCGUCAAUACCUGCUCAACAUGUGCAAGAAGAUCAAGAAGACGGGCUGCAACGUGCUGCUCAUCCAAAAGUCGAUCCUGCGCGAUGCUGUCAACGAGCUGGCAUUGCAUUUCCUGGCCAAGCUCAAGAUCCUGGUGGUCAAGGAUGUGGAGCGGGACGAGAUCGAGUUUGUGUCCAAGACGCUGGGCGCCAAGCCGAUUGCGGACAUUGAGGCGUUCACGGAGGACAAGCUUGCGUCGGCGGACCUGAUCGACGAGGUGCAGCAGAACGGGGCGCGCGUGGUCAAGAUCACGGGCAUCAAGAACAUGGGUCGCACGGUGAGCAUUCUGUGCACGGGCGCCAACUCGCUCGUGCUCGAGGAGAGCGAGCGCAGUCUGCACGAUGCGCUGUGUGUGGUGCGCUGCUUGGUCAAGAAGAAGGCGCUCAUCGCGGGAGGUGGUGCUCCUGAGGUCCACGUCUCGCGCCUGCUAUCGCAGUAUUCGCAGACGCUCAAGGGGAUGGAGGCGUACUGCUUCCAGGCGUACGCCGAGGCGCUCGAGGUGAUCCCCACGACGCUCGCCGAGAACGCGGGUUUGAACCCCAUCAGCAUCGUUACUGAGCUGCGAAACCGUCAUGCGCUGGGCGAGAGGACCGCGGGCAUCAACGUGCGCAAGGGGCAGAUCACCAACAUUCUCGAGGAGAACGUGCUGCAGCCGCUGCUGGUCAACACGAGCGCCAUCGAGCUGGCCACCGAGACGGUCUCGCUGCUGCUCAGGAUCGAUGACUACCACCUUUCUCGUUGA